CGACCGAACCAGAUUCCUCAUUCGCCUACCAUGGAGACGCCGCCUCUACCACCUGCCCUGCCGUCCGUUCUCGCCCACCUGCGGUCCCUCCUCUCCGCCGCCUCUUCCGCUCUAUCCUCCGUCCCUUCCCCACUCCUCGCCUGCUCCACCACCACGACGGCGACGAUCGCCACCUCCUCCACACUCCCCGCACCUGCGCCCACCACCCCGCUCCCAUCUCUCCCCUCUUCACCGACUUCCGAAAUCCCCCUCCCGCUCCCGGCUGCGCCCGCCCCCUACCACGACUGCCCAGCCGUCGUCCGCACCACCAACCAACCGCCCGCCUCGUCCUCCCUCCCCGCCUUCCUCGCCGCCGAGUGUGCAGACUUCGCCUCCUCCACUGCCGCCCCAACCCUCUCCUCUCCUCCCCGCAUCCUCCCGUCUGAGCUCUGCCUCCUACGUCGGGAGGUGGACUCCUGGGGCAGCCACCAUCCCCCCGGGGCGUACUCCUACGCUGCGGCCCGCGUGGUGGAGGCACUGCGGCUAGGCGCCCUGCAGUGGGAAGUCGAGCUGCGGCGCUGGUUGCUCGCGAGCUCACCGAGAUAUGGUAUCGUGAUUGAUGCGGCCAGUCGAGACCAUAUGUUUGUGCUGGUCAGGCUGUGUCUGAAGGCGGCGGCGGCGGAGGCAGGGUGCUCGCUGGAACGCCUGCCCAAGGGGGAGGGCGAGGAGUUUCGUCUUGAUCCGAGGGCUGUGCGGUUCGAGUGCCCCAGACUGGUUGAUGGUGUCUCGUGGUUGGCGAUGCAGCUCGAGGUUUUGUAUGGGAAGGGCAAUGGCUGGUUCUUCGCGAUUACGGCGGUGAAGGAGGCAAUUCUUAGGUUGGGGUCUUGUUUGGCUGUCCUUGUUGGAGAUGGUGUUGCUGGAGGCGCUAGUGAAAAAGGAUGUGAGUUGAGAGAUACCGGGACAUCCCUUAUUUUUGUUUCCCAGGUUGCUGCUGCCAUUGCAGCCUUACAUGAGAGGUUGUCCCUGGAUAAGAAGAUUAGGGCUCUGCAAGCACCACGCCCAUCCAAAUAUCAGCUGUUACUUGAAUAUUCACAAAUACUGAAGCAAGGCUGUGAUGAGCGUUCAAAGCGACCAAACUACAGAGCUGUUCUGGAUUAUGAUGGAAUUCUACCACGUCAAAUGGAUAACCAGGAAUCUGGUAGGUCCAAGACAAGGGAGGAGCUGCUAGCUGAAGAACGGGAUUACAAGAGAAGAAGAAUGUCUUACCGUGGGAAGAAAAUGAAGCGAAAUCCAACAGAGAUAUUAAGAGACAUAAUUGAUGAGCACAUGGCGGAAAUAAAACAAGCAGGUCUGGGGGAACCUCCUGGUGACAUUGCACAAAAUAUACUUGAGACCAAUUCUAAUGGAGGCGCUUACCAAGGAAGCUCUUGUGAUAAGGCUAUUUUGGGUUCUCGAUUACGUAGUCGUGAGAACUCACCACAUACUGCAUCAAGGAGCCAUGACACAAGGGAUUCAUAUAUGAACAUAAGAUAUGAAAAUAGUGGACACCGUCACCAAAAUGUAUCUGAGCAUGAGAAAGGAGGGAUCAGAGAAUCAGGAAAUGCAAUGAAUCGAGGCUAUUCUGACCGGCAUGAUUACACACAUAAAAGAAACACCAAUGAUCAUAGGAAAUAUGGUAAUAAGUAUAAAAAGAACAUCCCAGAUUACCAUUCUGAAUCAAGUGAUCGUUCAGCAUGGUCCACACGAACACCAAAAUCCUCGGAAAGAGAAUAUGGCGGCAUGCCAGGAGAUAAAAGCAAUGAUAGAACCAGAACUACUCAGAACAGACAUGGAUCAAUACCUGGGAAUAAAGACCAGUUCAGUGAUAGAUAUGAUCCCCAAAGCAGAUAUUCUGAUGAGGAUCCUCGUGAAGCAUACCAUGAUGCGUGAUCUGAAUUACUGAAGAACAGAGUACAUUUUCCUGUUGAUCUCAGUAUACUGUGUAAUACAGGCAUCUGGGUUAAUACCGUCAGCUGUAUCCUUUUUCUGUAUCCUUAUGCAGAAAAUGCUUUACUAUUUCUGCUGUGGUUGUAGUGACAGUCUGUUACAGUUCCUGAAUAUGAGAAAUUGUUAAUUGUUAGUGCAUUUUCUUGCUUAUAAAUUACAUUCGUCUCACCAAUCAAAUUUCCAUCUAAUUUUAACUAAUCAAAAAUAUCGGAACAUCAUGUAGGGUGCAUAUGUUUCCCGUUCACAACCGAUCUUUUAAAAGGACUAACUGUUAGUUUCGAAGCAUGCAUUCGUAAUAACUUCGCUAUGGAAUUCUAUCCUUUUUAGUUAGGGUACCCUUUUAGUUUUGAACUGGCAGGAAUUUCAGUUGACUACCUUUGCCUGGAAAGGGCAUGGCUGGAAUAAAUUUUCUUCACCUAUCUGCUUGCAUUGCAUCUCAUGCAGAUGCUACUCAUGCAUAAUUAUUGGUUCGUGUUAUUUUUUGUGGGCCUAGUUUUUCUACAAUGAGUUCUGUAAGCGAAGGCCAAUCUUAAGUGCCACAACCCAGUAGUUGUGACUUGUAUUGUCCUAUUUUUCUGGACUGUGUUUUGCUCUACUGUUAGAUAGUGUUAAAAUGGAUUUCCAUACAUAUCAAGUACUUACACAUAAGAAAGUGAUGUAGGUAGUACUGAAGUAGGGUUCUGCAUCUGCCAAGAUGUAGCCAGGUACAGCCUAUCCAUCAUGAUAGAGACGCAUGAGAUACAUUUUAAAAAUUAUUUUCGGUAAUGGAUGAUACUUAAUAUGUCAUAAAAAUAAUUAGGUGCCCUCCGGUGUUCAAGCUUGAUGAAGCAGCACUUACACAAUCAUUCCCAGUGGUGGAUGUGAAGAACACAUGUUUUGGCUUUGCUGUUUGUACUUCUUUAGCUUUGCAACAUGGAGGAGCACGCUUGAGUGUCUGCUCCCUUCGACGGGGAAGACAGUGGCCUCAAUUAGGUUAACUCCCGCACCUCAUGUUGGGCCGGGCUGUACCUGGAUGUGUCUACAAUGUGUACACAAAUUUCCCACGGGCAAUGAUAUUUGUUUUAAUUGUUUAUUCACCCCAUACUCACGUAUAUGAGUGUUUGUGCUGGGUAUUAUGUAUUGGAUAUGGUUACAGCCAUCAAGGUCGUACUACCUUGAACUGACAAAAUUUAACCAACCUGAUGUUUAUCAUUUUUACCAGCUUCCACCACAAGUCCUCUUCACUGAUAAGUUCUAAAAUGGAAUCAUUCAAUCAAAGAUGUAACGUUCCUUGGAAAAGAUGGCAGGACCCCACCAUUUCCAUAAACAAACAAACUUAAUAUAUGUAUUACAUUACUUUAUUCGUAUGUUUUUAUAGCAACUGCUUGCUUACAUAAAAUGGCGAGUCUUCAUCGGAUAUAUUUAAAUCUUUGUUCAGGAUGCUGUUCAUAUGUUUAUAUAUUAACUAAAAGUUGCAUCUUUGUUGCCCGUUUGUUUGUGGUAUUUCUGUAGUGAGACCCUGAAAAGCCUGAGGAGAAGAAUUUUAUUGCACUUUGCAUCAACAUGUGAAUAAAACCUGAAAGCCACAUAGAAGUAAACCAUUUUCUUGAUUUACCUUGCAUGUUACUCCCUCUGUCCCAUAAUAUAAGAUGUUAUUACAACCGAUAGCGAGGGAGUGAUUUUGAGGAUUAAAGACAUUACACACUUCGGAUCAAGAUGCAAUUGCAUAUUGUUGGACCUUCCGUAUCCAUUACUUCAUGUGGAAUCAGGAAAAGGCUGUUAAUACUGACAGAACUGAUGUACAUUUAGAAUUCUCAGAAGCCUGUGAGAAUCGCUGAUGGCAUUUAUGCAAAACCUUCUUAAAUGCACACCAGAAAUCAGUUCUGUACUUAUAUUCUCAGAAGUCCGUUGGCGAAUUGCUUUGAUAUGUAAUUAGUUUUACUUUCUAAACAGAACUUUGAUCUGUUGGCAUUAUGUUCUCGUACUGACAUACUUUAGUUUUUCAUCACUUUAUUGUAGGUAUCUGAGCUGGAUGUUGAAGUUUGAUGAACUACUUAGACAACAAUAAUUUUGAUAGGUAGUUAGUUCGUCUAAGUUCUGUUUAGCUCAUCGCAAUCACGGAGUUUUACCCCUUUGGCGUGCAACAGCCAUCCUGCUGGUAAGGUGUUUCCUAGAGCACAAAACCUUCCUUCGCCAAUCGGAGUUCAACACAUGGUUUGUUCGAGAAAUUUGUUUACGUCAGUAUUUUGCUCACUGAGGAGAGCAUGUAUGGGUAAAUUUUGCAUUUUGUUAGUUUGUGAUACACUAAAAAAAAAGGUUCCGAAUUGGCAGUGCGCCCGUUUUCACAAACAUUGUAUUCCUAGAUUUCUAAAGUACUGCACCCCAUCUUCUCGUC